GGAACUUUGGAUCAUGAUCACGUUGAAGAUGGGCUUUACGCUUCAUCCGUGAAGACUUGGGCGUUUGGAGAGGAUGACAGCACUUUGCGCAACACACAGAAGCGCAGCAAUGUAUCCAUCUCAGAAGUUUUAUAUUAGAGAGGUAAACAACCCACGAAGAUCUGAGCUUGCUUGACCUGGAGUCAUUAGUGUUUUAUUUCAUUUUGGAAAAAAAUAAGAAUGAAUGAUCUCAGAAUGAUGCAUGACUUACCUGCGCACAAGUAAAACUGACCCCAAAUAAAGUAGUAAAACGUCGCAUCUCAACCAAUAAAGUGCAUUUUAUUCUGAUGUAAAAAGAAAGUGAAUACCUCAAUGGAAUGGUACACGACUUUGGAGUUUUUGGGACUUACUUUUCUAUUUUGUAACUGUAAAUCGAGUUCUUUUUGGACAUCAGGAUUACCCCACUUUUAAGUUCAGGAGUUAUAGAUCACCCACUGAUCUGAUUGGUUUUCAAACGUGGAGUGAUUGGGCUUUUUCGAGGGCAUUUCCAGCCACUCUUUUUCCCGUGAGUAUUGCUCUUCUGGACCCAGAGGUGGCUCCGCAGUGGUGUUGCGGCUCCUCGUCCGCGGCGGAUCCCGAGCUCGGAGUGUCUGCAGCGGCAGGAGGCAGUAGCGGAAGCCCGGCAGCGGCGGCGGCGGCGCAGGGUCCUAAGAGCGCUCGGGUGAAGAGGAUGGUGCGUCUGGCGGCGGAGCUGCUGCUGCUGUUGGGACUCCUUCUUCUGACCUUACACAUCACGGUGUUGCGGAGCAGCCCGCUGCAGCACGGGAAUGACACGGUGAGCUUGGAGCAAGACUCGCGGGUGGCCGAGAAUAAUGUGAAUGCAGAUAGCAGCUCCUCAGUUCAGCUGGGGCCAGGUGACAGACAGACUCGGGUGGCUCAUAUUCCAGCAUCUCAGCCUUGGGCUCAGAGUCCCGGGACAAGGGGCAGCCUGCAGCGAGACGGCCCUGGAGCUUUCCUGCUGGACCUGCAGAACUUUCCUGAUCUCUCCAAAGCAGAUAUAAAUGGGCAGAACCCCAAUAUACAGGUCACCAUAGAAGUGGUGGACAGUCUGGAAGGUUCUGAGCCAGAGAAGGGAAUGCGUAAAGAAAACAAGCCUGGCUGGGCAGCUCCUAACUGGAGGAACUGGUGGCAGCGUUCAUCAUCCUCGUCCUCAUCUUCUGUGUCCACUCCGAAGGGGCCUGAGGAACAGGAUUACCCCUACGAGAGCAACACAGAGGACAGCAACUUCCUCAAGCCACUCGGAGACUGGGAGAGAAGAGUGAAGAGUGAAGCUGGAGCGGGAAGCAGAACCCAGACUGAAUACGACUACAUAGACGGGGAAGGCGACUGGAGUGCUUGGUCUCCAUGCAGUGUAUCCUGUGGAAAUGGUAACCAAAAGCGGACCAGAUCGUGCGGUUAUGCCUGCACUGCCACAGAGUCACGGACAUGUGACAUGCCCAGCUGUCCAGGGAUUGAAGAUGCAUUCAAGACGGCAGCAACUGAAGUCAGUUUGCUCGCUGGCACUGAAGAGUUCAAUGCAACAGAGCUGUUUGGAGUUGAUACCGACAGCUGUGAGCGUUGGAUGAACUGCAAGAGUGAGUUUCUCAAGAAAUACAUGAGCAAAGUAGCCACUGAUCUACCCAGCUGCCCCUGCUUUUACCCAACCGAGGUGGCCUACAGCACCGCAGACGUCCACGAUGCCAACACCAAACGCAACUUCCGCUGGAAGGACGCCAGCGGGCCAAAAGAGAAGCUGGAGAUCUAUAAACCCACAGCCCGCUAUUGCAUCCGCUCCAUGCUCACGCUGGAAUCCACAACGUUGGCGGCCCAGCACUGCUGCUACGACGACAGCAUGAAACUCAUCACCCGAGGCAAAGGAGCCGGUACGCCAAAUCUUAUCAGCACCGAGUUCUCCGCUGACCUACACUACAAAGUGGACAUCCUACCCUGGAUCAUCUGCAAGGGGGACUGGAGCCGCUACAACCACGCUCGACCCCCCAAUAAUGGACAGAAAUGUGCAGAAAACCCUCAGGAUGAGGACUACUAUAAACAGUUUGAAGAGGCCCGGGAGUUUUGAAAACUAUGUACUUUCGAAAAACAGAAGCAGAACUUGUGUUGAAAGCUGGCUGUGCGUUUGAAGAGGACUUGCUAUAAGAAACAGACAGCACUGUCAACAAUGCGCAGAGAUCUUCAUAUGGUCUCCCUCAAAACCUUGGGUUCAAAAGUGGAAAAUCCAUCAUGGUUCUCUUUGUAUUAUGUAUAUUAUUUGGGGAAUCUCUAAAUUGUUUGAAUUUUUUAAGGAGUAAAGGGAAAGAAUGAAAGGGAAGACAUAUCAGGAAAUCACCAAUGCAUCAAUGAGCAACCAACAGCUAGAGUUUCCCAUAUCUUUGCAUGCUUGUAUUACACUUAACAUGCAGUUGGAAACCCUUCUCCUCAGGACUCUCCAACAGGACAUUGGAUACAACAUUCAGGUUCCUGUGUAAACAUGCGUAUAUUUGUCUAGCUGAAUGAAAAGAAUUCCCAUAUAAUGUCCUGUUGUAUCAUGGUUCCGUUUUUACUAAGAACAAAACAGCCCUGUGUAAUCUUUGCAAAGUAUUUAUUAAGUCAUAGUUAUGUGUCAGUGGUAGGGAUUUGUGCAUCUAGAUGUAUGGACAGAUUUUGAGUGCUAAAUAAAGAGACCAUGUCACAUU